AUGACUCGUUCUUGCUCCAGAAUCCUGCGAGUGUCCGGUCUCAUCGGCUCGCUGCAACGUGGCGGAGCAUGUGUAGAGGGAGCUGCACUGGCGCUGCCGCAGUGCGCAACCAUUUACACAUCGGCUGCACUCCCCUAUGCUGGCGUCGCGAGGGGCACCGGCGUCGCGUCAACGUCCGGUAACGUUUCUACCCACCGCCUUGCUUUAUGGCCCUGGCACUGUGCCAUGGGGCAGAAGCGCGGAAUGUUUAUCCAAACGCAGCCGACGCCAAACCCCAACAGCCUCAUGUUCGUCCCGGGCAAGCCUGUGAUGGAGAGCGGCACACUGGAGUUUUCCUCGGCGAGGGAGGGAAUGAAAUCGCCGUUGGCAAAGAAGCUCUUCGCCAUUGACGGCAUCACGUCCGUGUUCUUUGGCUCCGACUUUGUGACGGUCACCAAGCGCGACGACUUCACGUGGCCAGUGCUCAAGCCUGACAUCUUUGCGGCCAUCAUGGAUUUCUAUUCGUCUGGGGAGCCGCUGGUGUCCGAUGCGGCAGCGCUUGCCAGCUCCGAUACCGCUAUCCACCCCGAUGACAGCGAGGUGGUGGCCAUGAUCAAGGAGCUGCUAGAGACCCGCAUCCGGCCAGCAGUACAGGAAGACGGCGGCGACAUAGUGUACAAGGGAUUUGAGGAGGACACGGGCAUGGUCAUGGUCAAGCUGGUGGGCGCCUGCAGCACCUGCCCUUCCUCUACCGUUACGCUGAAGAAUGGCAUCGAGAACAUGCUCAUGCACUACAUUCCUGAAGUCAAGGGAGUCAUGGAGGCGGCACCAGACGAGUCGGAGGAGGAGGGUCUGAAGGCGUUUUCAAAGUUUGAAAAAAGCAUAGGUGCGGGGUCUGACGAUGAGGCGGCGGCAAAACCCAAGGCCGAAAAGGAAAAUCCAUUGACGGCUCACCUAUCCACGUAG